ACACGUGCAUCGUUCUCGCAUAACAGUUUGCAACUUCCAUCAAAAUAACUAAGUUUUAAAGUUACAAGAGUUAAAUUAAAUUUAAAAUUCCUAUCAGCCUCUAAGCAAUGCCAAAAUGUUGAAAAGUGUAAAAAUAGUUUUGAACUUCCGUGCAAGCUUUUCGUCCGCUGCUCGACUGGCCUCCACGUCCGCCGAUCGCAGAACGCCGGUCAUCACCUGCAAGCGAACGCAGUACAACCAGUUUGUGGAUCAGUUUCCCUCCAGCGCGGAACCAACAAAGUUCGGCAGUCUCGAGCUGGUUUCGUCGGGUUGGCGGCACCGCAAGGCCACGGGAGAUUAUUUCAUCAUCCAUCCGGUGCGUCAACCGUUUGAGGCUCAUGCGCUGAGUGAGGUUUCGUUCCGGGACUUGGGCGUUCGGGAGGAUUUGGUGGAGAAUCUGAAGCAGCGCCAUGCGUUAUUUCCUACGACGUAUCAAGCGGAGGCCAUGCCGGCAGUGCUGAAUGGGGACCAUGUGCUGCUGGCGGCGGAGACCGGAUGUGGCAAGACGUACAGCUAUUUGGUGCCAAUUGUUGAAGGGAUUUUGCGAAGAAAGUUGAACGGAGGAGAACGAGAGUUCAACUCGCCGCUGGUGCUGAUAAUGACCCCUGGGAGGGAGCUGGCGCAGCAAAUUGGGCGGGUUGUUGAGGGAUUGACGCGGGGGUUGGAUAUAACGUCGAGAGUCUUGUUGGGAGGAAGAACGCGCCAGCAAAUGCUGAAUCCCCACUUUGAAGAGGUUGAUAUUUUGGUGGCCAGUUUUGGAGCUAUCAGCAAGCUGAUUACCAGUGGGAUCUAUAGAACCGAUGCCGUACGGUGGGUUGUUCUGGAUGAAGCCGACACAUUGUUGGACGACAGUUUUAACGCAAAGUUGCUGCACCUGAUGAAGCGAUUUCCGUUCCACAAAAACCAACUCCAAGAUUUGGGAGAUAACGUUCGGGGCACGCAGCUGGUGCUGGCCGCGGCAACGAUGCCUACCAACAUGGACGAACUGCUCGGUCGGUUGGUGAACAUCGAAACCAUGGAGGAGGUCGUUAGUCCCAACCUGCAUCGCUUGAUGACGCACGUUUCGCAGCGAUUUAUGCGAGUUACCAAAAAAGACCGGCCGCAAAUAUUGCUGGACCUGGUCCGAAAAGACAUCAAACGGCAACGCCCGUUGAUCAUCUUCAGCAACAAGACGGCAACGUGUGACUUUGUUUCGAUACAACUCAACGAGGCGGGCAUUCCCUGCGUGAAUCUCAACGGGGACAUGCUGCUGAAGAUUCGCCUCGGACAGUUUGAAAAGUUCCAGCAAGCCGAAGUGAAUGUCCUAUCAACGACGGACGUCGCCAGUCGUGGCCUGGACACAACUCGGGCGGCGCACGUGAUAAACUUUGACUUUCCACUGUACGCCGCCGAUUACAUCCAUCGGAUUGGGCGGAUCGGACGGGUUGGCAGCCGGGGCGACUGUCUGGUGACGAAUCUGGUGUCCAGCCAGGCGGAGAUUGAUGCCGUUCAGCGGGUGGAACACUCGGCGAGGGCAAACGAUCCGCUGGCCAACGUGAAUGCGAACGUGAAAGGUAUUAUACGGCGAAAAAUUGAGAAAAGUUUAAAGGCUUUGGACGGCACGGCGGGGAACUGAACAAUAAGUGAAGAUAAAUAGGUUCAUAAAG